AUGUGUGGUGGUGCAAUAAUUUCCGACGACGUCCCGAUCCAACGUGGCCGGAAACUGGCCAACCAUGACCUCCGGGAUGCGUUGGACACCAUCUCUGAACUCGGGGGCUUCAACUAUUCCGGCGACAAAGACCACUCCAACCAGUCUGAUAACAUGGCCACGCUCAAGAAGCAGCAACUCAACCAAGGGACGAGUGAGAAGACUCAGAAGAUUACUCAGGGAGCGAGUCAGACUCUGAGACCUCGGAAGAGCAUGUACAGAGGGAUAAGACAGAGGCCAUGGGGAAAAUGGGCAGCUGAGAUACGUGACCCACAAAAGGGUGUCCGAGUCUGGCUCGGAACCUACAACACCGCCGAAGAAGCCGCCAGAGCUUAUGAUGAGGCUGCCAAGCGCAUCCGCGGCGAUAAGGCCAAGCUCAAUUUUGCUCAACCACCCCCACCCAAAAAAAGGUGUAUCAUUCCCGAGUCAACUCAAGAGAACUCGCCGUCAACCGAGCCGUCACCUCCACAACCAUUGAUGGGUUUUGAGGUCCACAGCCAACCCUACUACCUCAACUCAGUGGUAGAUGAUGAAUAUGAGUUCAAAGAACAGAUUUCCGAGUUGGAAUCUUUCCUGGGAUUGGAGCCUGAGUUGGGUCAGUUUGGGGGAACCAGUGAGUCGGACUCGGUGAACCUUUGGAUGAUGAUGGAUGACUUUGCUGCUACUGAACAUCAUGAUAUUAUCUUCUGA